AUGGUUGGUGCUCUCGCUGUAUUCACUCUCUCCCGCACUGAGUCGCCAUCUGCUCUUGCUCACUCUUGGUGUCCAGCUAUUUUCGCCCACUCUCGGUGUCCGGCUAUUCACUACGGGUCUGCAGAUACUCGGCCACCUGGGUCUGAUAUCAUUUGCUUGAUUGUAGAAGCUGUGGGAGCCGCAUCCGCUGCGCAUGCUGCCAACACGAAGACAAGCGCUUCAACGAGCGCGAACAUUAUGCCAGGAGGACUUCCUGCUCGGCUUUUAUGGUGUUCAACGUAUCCCGUUAUCAGCCGUUACCGUGUACUCAAAUCCGUCCUUACAUCGGGAUACCGUACUGUGGAGCUCGCCAAUGGAUGGGCUGGGCCAGCGAUUGCGACAGAGGGCUACUUUGACUGGCUCGAUGGUGGCGCAGUUACUCUCGUCAUUUACAUUCUCUAUCUCCUUCACCCGGGCGUCUUAAUGAAGAAGGAUGAUCCUAUGGCUCAUGCUUUGCAGUAA